CACUUUGCUCAUAAUAAUCGAGAGAUGGCGUCCUGUACCCAGUGCAUAAGCAAAGAUGAUCAUAAAGAAUUGAUGAAGAGAUACUCUAAUGGAAUGUAUCAUUAGGCUACGACCACUCGAUUGAAGUAGGCUAAUAAUAAUAAUAAUCUUUCACUGAUAGAAACAGCAUUUAUUUUGGUGCUGUUCCGCAAUAGCCUUUUCCACCUGGCUUCCCCAGAUUUAACAGGGGGGUGGGUUCCGCGGCGUUUGUUUCAGCAUCCUCCAGCCGCCGCCUCUGUGUAGGCUAUCCAACGCGAGGACGGCGAAAACUAGAGACAGGGAGAGAGGGCGAUGGCUGCCGGUGGAGGAUGCGGGGAGACUGUGGAUCAGUACCGGGCCGAGGUCGAGCGGCUCACCCAGGAACUUGCGGAAGCGAACCGAGAGAAGAUCAGGGCGGCAGAAUGCGGUCUUGUUGUGUUGGAAGAGAACCACACUUUGAAGCAGCAGUAUGCGGAUUUGGAAUCGGAGCAGGAGACGCUGAAGCAGGAGUUGGAACAAUUACAAGAGGCGUUUGGCCAGGCCUACUCCAACCAGCGUAAGGUGGCGGAAGAUGGCGAGAGCAACGAGGAGUCGCUGCUGCAGGAGUCAGCAUCUAAGGAGGCCUACUACAUGGGCCGGGUGCUGGAGUUGCAGACAGAGCUGAAGCUGAGCCGCUCGGUGGCGUCCAACGCGUCCAACGAGAGUGAAAGGCUCAACGCCGUGCUGCAGGAGCACAGAGAGAGUAAUGAGAAGCUGGAGUUGCAGUGGAGCCGGAUGAGGGAGGAGAUCAGGGAGUAUAAAUUCAGAGAGGCCCGUCUCCUACAGGACUACACAGAGCUGGAGGAGGAGAACAUCACCCUGCAGAAACUAGUGUCCACACUCAAACAGAACCAGGUGGAGUACGAAGGUCUGAAGCAUGAGAUCAAGGUUCUGGAGGAGGAGACGGUGCUGCUGAACAGCCAGCUGGAGGACGCUCUGCGUCUGAAGGACAUCUCUCAGUCCCAGCUGGAGGAGGCCCUGGACGCCCUGAAGAGCGAGAGGGAGCAGAAGAACAGCCUGAGGAAGGAGCUGGCCCACCACAUCACCCUCAGCGACAGUGUGUAUGGGGCCGGAGCCCACCUGGCUCUCACCGCCACGGUCGACGGGCUCAAGUUCGCCACCGAAGAGGUCGGGAGUAAUGGUACAGCAAUUCCCAAUGGCGCCAACGGGAAUGAGGAUAGUAAUGGCGACUGUAACGGCCACCUGGGACUGGCUAAGAUAAACGGUGACUACCGGCUGCCCAGGAAUGGGGAAGGGCUGCACGGUCCUGUGUCAGACCUCUUCAGCGAGCUCAACUUGUCUGAGAUACAGAAACUCAAACAGCAGCUCCUUCAGGUGGAGUGUGAGAAGUCCAGCCUGCUGAUGAACCUGCAGGAGGCCCAGACCCAGCUGCAGCACACGCAGGGUGCCCUGACAGAGCAGCACGAGUGCGUCCACCGUCUCACCGAGCGCAUCAACGCUAUGAAGCGCCUCCACAGUGACAAGGAGAUGGCCGACGCCCAGGAGUCCGAGACGCCCGACGGGUUGCCCUCGCUCGGUGAGGUGGACAUCCACGGGAUGGAGAGUCUGGAGUGUAAGUACAAGGUGGCGGUAACCGAGGUGAUCGACCUAAAGGCGGAGCUAAAAGCUCUGAAGGAGAAAUCUAACCAUUGUGUGGAGGGCCAGGGGGAGGAGUGGAGCAGCAGCGAUGGGAAGGUCCAAGUUCUGGACGAGCAGGUCAACCGGCUGGAGCAAAGCUGCCGCAAGGCCUGUGAUAGGGUGGCGUGUUUGGAGGCGGAACUACAGGCGGCGACGGGCGUGGCCACGGAGAGCCAUGGCAUGCUGAACACGGCACAGGACGACCUGGUGACAUUCAGCGAGGAGCUGGCCCAGCUCUACCACCACGUGUGUCUCUGCAACAAUGAGACGCCCAACCGCGUCAUGUUGGACUACUACCGCCAGAGCCGCAACACCCGCAGCGGCAGCCUCAAGGGCUCCGAGGACCCCCGGGCACUCCUCUCCCCCCGCCUGGCUAGACGCCUCGCCGCCGUGAACGCCGGGCUCUCAGAGGCCCCCCGGAGCCCCAUGGACUCGCCCUCCAAAGACCCCCCCAGUGGAGACAACGGGACAACAGGGAGGGAGUCCCCAGCACAAGGUAGUCAGGGGAGCCCCACCCGCACACCCAUGGGCUCCCCAGUCAUCAACAGCUCCAACGGCUCUCCCUCCUCCUUUUCCGUCCCUCCCGAGGCGGGUGGAGAAUUGCGUAAGGAGCCCAUGAACAUCUACAACCUGAACGCCAUCAUCAGGGAUCAGAUCAAACACCUGCAGAGGGCCGUGGACCGCUCCCUCCAGCUGUCUCGACAGAGGGCGGCAGCCCGGGAGCUGGCCCCCUUAUUCGACAAGGACAAGGAGGCCUGCAUGGAGGAGAUCCUCAAGCUCAAGUCCCUCCUCAGCACCAAGAGGGAGCAGAUUGCCACACUCAGGCUGGUGCUCAAAGCCAACAAACAGACUGCAGAGGGGGCGCUGGCUAAUCUAAAGAGCAAGUAUGAGAAUGAGAAGUGCAUGGUGACAGAGACCAUGAUGAAGCUGAGGAAUGAGCUGAAGGCUCUGAAGGAGGACGCUGCCACCUUCUCCUCUCUCAGGGCCAUGUUUGCCACCAGGUGUGAUGAGUAUGUGACUCAGCUGGAUGAGAUGCAGAGGCAGCUGGCUGCGGCGGAGGAUGAGAAGAAGACCCUGAACUCCCUGCUCCGGAUGGCCAUCCAACAGAAGCUGGCGCUGACCCAACGCCUGGAGGACCUGGAGUUUGACCACGAGCAGACCCGGGACCGCGGCCGUGGCGCCAAGGUGCCCAAGAUCAAGAGCAGCCCGCCCAAAAUUGUCAGCAGCCUGCUUCCUCUGCCUCAGUAUUGCCACUCUCCCCACAACUAAGGAGAGCGAGAGCCUCCCUAGUCCGCAGUCCGAGUCCUAACAUUGUGACGGCCCUCCAGGAGGACCAGACACCACCCUUCUCCAGCAGCAGAAACCCCCUGGACCCCCUCAAUGGCCCAGCAGCCUCACCCCCAAGGCCCCUAGGCCUCUAGCUGAGCACCCACACCCAUGGGCCUGGCCCUCACAGAGACACACAGCACUAGGGACUCCUGUCUCCCAUCUCCCUCAACUUGGCACCCCACCCUGGUGCCUGGUCUCUGUGUCCCCUCAGCAAGCCCCGCCUCCACAGACCACACUUUCUCCAGGUUGGUCGGGUUACAGAGCAAGUUCGGGAUGCACUGCUCCUCAUUGGUUGGGCUGGAAUAACAUCACAUCCUGUCCAGGAGAGAGAGACUGGAGUGCAAACACCAGAGUGACAAAUUAACUUAAACAAUGUCCUGUAUCUAUAUGAUUAUUUAUUAUCUGUUUAACUGACUUGGUUAUUUAUUGAUUUGUGUUUUGUUCAUCCAUUUAUUCAUUUGAAUUUGCACGUGAUAUCAUUUGAUUGUUUGUUGAUCAUUCUUUGAAAAUGGAAUUCAAGAUGUGUAUUAUUGCUGUGGUAUUUAGACUUAAAUAAUUAGGAUUGAUUUAGCUCACAUUCAUUAAACUAUGGCUGUUAUGUUCAUAUUGAUAUCUUCAAAAAAAGAAAAUCGGUAGAAUAAAAACCUCUUUCCCAAUUGAAUAUAACAAGGUUUUGGAUGGUCUAUAUCCUACAAGUUUAGCCAAAAAAAUUCAGUCAAUAACAAGGUUUCCUUUUAGUGAUGUGAAAGGCUUACAAACUUGUCUAACAGACUAGACAGAAUAUUAGACAUAAAAGCAUCUGUUUGUAAGGAUAAUCUCUACAUUUGUAAGUGGUUCUGUUUUCUAUAUGGUCGUGUUAAAGUACACAUUGAAUUUGACAUCAUUGUAGAAAGACUAAUGGAAUGGAAGUGAUAUUGCAUUACAAGGAUAAUGUUUGAUGAGUUGGGUGUUCUUGAUUUCAACUACCAAUCUAAUGUAACUACACUUGAAAUGCUUGUUUUUAUACAACUUUUUUGCAAGGCAUAAAGAUUAUAUUUUUUACUUCAGUUUAUUUAUUUUUUACUGCUGUUACUGCUGAGGUGAUUGGUUAUGUUUGUCAUGUAGUUGAGAUCUUAUUUGACAUAGAGACUCCGAGACUAAGGUAGGAGAUGCGAACGUGAGGUCUAGGUCUGUAGGAUGUGGCCUUUUGAAUUGCACAGGUUGACUUGAUCAUGAUGUGUGUGACAUGACACCCCUCAGUUUAGUUUUUACACAAUUCAGAUAACACAAUCCCCCAAUGUUGUGACCCUAGUAUCAUGUUUCUGUCUAAGGACCUUCAAAUUGGCUCGUCUUAAGCGUCACGUUGUUUAUGUAUAAGGGAUUGCUUGUUUGACCUUUCAUGCCUACUUUUUUCAAAUUAAAACAGUUUAACUGUGUAUGUUACUGGUUAUUAUUACAGUAUAAUAACUGUUUUAUAAGUUGAAAAUAUGACGUUAAGUUUCAAACCAUACAGUAUGUAGAGCAGCAGUAGUAACAACCUGACAUAAGUGAAGUGAGAAAAAAACUAGGAAAUGCAUCCUACAGUAGCCGAGAAAGAGUACAAAAUGGUUGUUUGAUUGAAUAUAUCCACAUGAACAGUCACACUGGUAUUCAGUACAGUAUGAAUGGCCAUGGCCCUAAGACUGAUUGGACUGUACCAGAGUAAGUGCCCACUGCAAGACCCCCCUUGGCAUUGUAAAUUUGCCCAUUUCUAAGUUAACGUUUGUCUGUAUCCUUUCCUCAAAAGUUACUAGAAAUGAGCAUUUAAAACCUUUUUUUUUUUUUUUUUUUUACGAGGGCAUGCCCCCCAUGUCAGUCUCUCCUGUGCCCCUGAUAGAGUGCCCUGAAAUCUUAACUGAGGUUUAGAGACCCUAAUCAAUAAAGAAAAAAGGGACAAAAAGACAGCAAUAUACUGUAUUGGGUUUUCUUGUUAAUAGUUCUUACACUGUUUAUAACAGUGUAACAUCUGUUUCAAUAGAAAAUAAAACAACUGUCCUUGGACUGAUAUGGGA